AUGGCAACACAAAAUACGCUGACCAAAGAAGCUACCAUAACACAACUAUUCGGAGAUGUUGAAAGAUUUGUAAAUCAGGGAGAUUAUUCAAAAGCCUUUAGGCCAAUUGAUAAAAUUCUUCAACUGAAUCCAAAUGACAAUGAGGCGCUGCAAUGCAGAGCUGUUACGUACAUUCGACUUGAAAAGUAUCAAAGUGCUCUGGAUGUCCUUACCAAAGGUUUCCCCGACGAUAAGUUCAUACUCGAAAAGGCUUACUGCCUUUACAGGUUAAAUCGUUUUUCUGAAGUGGCAGAGCUCCUACGCAAAUGCAGAGUUGAAGGAUACAGCGAUCUAGGAAUACGAUACUUGGAAGCUCAAAUGGCAUACAAAGUUGAAGACUACGAUACUGCCCUUGAAGUAUAUCACAAAUUACUUCAAGAAACAGACAAGAAAGAUGACACGUAUAAUGACAUUCUAACAAACUUUGAUGCUGCUAAAGCCGCAUUAUUAUUUUCUGGAAACAACGUGCCGGAAAAGGUGAGAAUGAAUAUUAUGGAUGUCGAUAUCUCUGGCAUCUAUACUGAUCAAUCUAUGCACAUCAAGUAUGCAACGGAGGAUUCUCACAACACAUAUGAAUUAGCCUAUAACUCUGCUUGGAUGUGUAAGGAAUCACUUUCUGAAGAGGAUUAUAGUGAGGAGGAGAUUGAGCAGGAAUUGAGCACUAUUAAUGUGCAACUGGCAUACGUUUUUCAACUUCAAGGCCAAAUUUCCGAAGCGAUUGAUAUAUAUCAAUCCGUGCUCAAAUCUAAGGGCGUUGAUAUCACGGCGUCAGCGAUCGCGUCCAAUAACUUGGUGGCGGCUAAAAAGGAUACCGAAUUGUUUGAUUCAGUCCGUAAAAUAAAGGUCGCGAGUGCGAAUGCGUUGGAAACUAAAUUAUUCAGAAGUCAGCGUCGUAUAAUUGCGAUGAAUGAGGCAUUAUUAUUGUUGUACAUGCAUAAGUAUGCCGCAUGUCAUGAUGCAGUUCGCAAGCUACUACAAGUCUAUCCUGAAAACGAUGAUCUAUAUCUCAUAAUAGCUUCAACAUCUUAUCAUCAAAAAAAGAAUGCAAAAGCUAUUCAAGAUUUGCAGGAAUUUGCAAAGACAAGGCCUCAUUCUUUAUCAAUCAAUUUUGCUUUGAUGCAACUCCAAAUUUUGCAAUCUAAUCCUUUAGCUGCAUUGGAAACUUUUGAAAGUUACUGGUCUUCAAUUAAGGAUGAAAAAGAAAAAUAUAAACCCGGUUAUGUAGGAUUGUUAGUGUGGUUAUAUGAACAAGCCAAGAAACAAGAAAAGGCCGUACAGGCGUUAGAACAAGCUAGUGCAUUUUGGAAGAGUGAGGCUAUUUCCGAUGAGAAUACAUCCAUUCUUAAACAAACGGCAGCAUUCAAACUCAAGAUAGGACGAUAUCGUGAAGCAGCACAAGAUUAUGAACAACUCGUCAAAAAUGAUCCGUUAGAUUCUCAAGCACUGGCAGGUCUUGUUGCCGCAUAUUCGCAGUAUGAUAUUUCUCUUGCUGAAAAAUACGAGAGUUCCUUGCUGGAGAUAGGUACACCAAUGGAUAUUGAUGUGGAAUCUUUGGAAAAAGUCGUACCUGGAAUCAAGAAAAGUUAUAUAAAAAAGACGGAUACUAAGGCCAGUGUUCCACCAGAUCCGGAACGUUGGCUUCCAAAACGUGAGAGGACUACCUAUAAAGUUAAGGGUAAAAGAAAACAGCAAUUGAUGAAAGGAUCUCAAGGAACAGCAGUUACUGGUGGGGGCAUAGGUGGUACAGGUAGUGCUAACAUUUUUGGACGAAGUAAUGUCCCAUCAUCUGAAGCUACUGUUGUUUCAUCGACGAUCCAACAAGAGCAGCCCUCACAGAAGUCGAAGAGUAGUGGUGGUGAUAAGAAUAAAAGAAAGAAAAAAAAGGGAGGCAAUAAGUGGUAA